AGCUGCUGCUGCAGGAGGAAGACGAGGAGGAGGAGGAGGAGGAGGAUCAGCUGGAGCUGCUGACCUGAGAGGAAGAGGCAGCAGUGGCAGUCAGCAGUGGCAGGAGGCCAGAGAGAAGCAGAACCUGCAGCUCUUGGACCAGGAGGACAGGAAGAGGAAGGAGGAGGAGGAGGAGGAACCCUCAGUGGAGACCAGGGAGCAGCAGGAAGAGGAGCUGGGACAGAGGGAGGUGCAGCAGCUGGACUUUGGCUYGCUGCUGGGACACCAGGACCUUCAGACCUCCAGCACCAUCUCAGACCAAGGCCACCUCAUGGAUUUUAAGUCCAACCUCAGGAGCGUGAAAGCCAAGACAGAGGAGAAGGCGAACUCGCAGCAGGUGGACUUCCGCAGCGUGCUGGGGAAGAAGGGCACCACCAACACCAAUGGCAGCAAACCAACCGAYACGCCCACCAAGAACGCCGCGGACUUCCGCUCCGUCUUAGCCAACAAGAAGAACCCACUGGGCCCUGAGAAGAACGGAGAGAAGGUCAACAACUGUGUGGAUGGAGAGGUCCAUGAGAAGAAGACUGGAGGAGGAGGAGGAGCACCGGAGUUCGUGGAGAAGCUGAAUGAUCUGAGGGUUCUGGACGGUCAGCGCCUCCAGCUGCAGUGUCGCCUCGCCGCCACCGAGGCUGCUGUCACCUGGACGCUGGACGGGAAGGUCAUCAAACCCUCCAAGUUCAUCAUCCUCUCCAACGAAGGUGAAGCCAGGAUAAAAAAGCCGACUCCAAAGACUCCGCCCAAACAAGCUCUGCCUCCUCAGAUCCUGCAGUUCCCUGAGGACAUGAAGAUCCUGGCAGGAGAGAAGGUGGAGAUCGUCUGCAGGUUCUCUGGAGCUCCGCCCAUCAGCUGCACCUGGUUGAAGUUCAGGAAGCCAAUCCAGGAGGGCUCAGCUGAUAUCUCCAUCGUCAGCAGCGACAGCAGCAGUAAACUGACCAUCAGCAGCGGGCAGCAGGAACACUGCGGCUGCUACACCAUCGAGCUGAGGAACAUCUACGGCCUCCGACAGGCCGCCCUCAACCUCACCAUCGUGGAUAAACCCGACCCCCCAGCCAAGGUUCCUGCAGCCUCAGACAUCCGGCGGGCCAGUCUGACGCUGUCGUGGUAUGGGCCUACCUACGACGGAGGCAGCGCCGUGCAGUCCUACCUCCUGGAGAUCUGGGAGUCUGUAGAGCAACAGUGGAAACACCUGGUGUCCUGCAACAGCACCUCCUACAACGUCCAGAACCUUCUUCCAGAACGUCAGUACAAGUUUCGUGUUCGGGCACAAAACAUCUAUGGUAUAGGAGAGCCGAGUGCUGAGUCCGAGCCUGUAACUAUCGGACUGGUGGAUAACGAAAACCAGGAUGAUGGUGAGGCAGAGGAGGAGGAUGAAGACUCAGACAAGGAGCCGGAGUACCGAGACGUGACCGUCAGAAGUGAUGUGAAGGUGAAGGAGCUGUACGAUGUGGAGGACCGGCUCGGAACGGGGAAGUUCGGUCAGGUCUUCAAGCUGGUGGAGAAGGCCACCAAGAAGGUUUGGGCAGGAAAGUUCAUCAAGGCGUACUCAGCCAAGGAGAAGGAGAACGUCCGGCAGGAGAUCAGCAUCAUGAACAGCCUCCAUCAUCCCAAACUGGUCCAGUGUGUGGACGCCUUCGAGGGCAAGUCAGACAUCGUCAUGGUCCUGGAGAUGAUCUCAGGUGGGGAGCUGUUUGAGAGGAUUAUCGAUGAGGACUUUGAGCUCAAUGAGCGGGAGGUGAUUAAAUACAUGCUGCAGAUCAUCGACGGGGUCAACUUCAUCCACAAACAGGGCAUCGUUCACCUGGACCUGAAACCUGAGAACAUCAUGUGUGUCAACAAAACCGGAUCCAAAAUUAAACUCAUCGACUUCGGCCUCGCCAGAAGACUAGAAAACGCAGGAACUCUGAAGGUUUUGUUCGGGACUCCAGAGUUCGUUGCUCCAGAAGUGAUCAACUACGAAGCCAUCAGUUAUCCCACCGACAUGUGGAGUAUAGGAGUCAUCUGCUACAUACUGCUGAGCGGUCUCUCCCCCUUUAUGGGCGACAACGACAACGAGACUCUGGCCAACGUCACCUCUGCCACCUGGGACUUUGAGGACGAAGCUUUUGAUGAAAUCUCUGAGAACGCCAAAGACUUUAUCACCAGUCUGCUGAAGAAGGACAUGAAGGCUCGGCUCACCUGCGCUCAGUGUUACGAACAUCCCUGGCUCAAACAGGACACCAACACCAUGAAGACCACCAAACUCUCCAAGGAGAGGAUGAAGAAGUACAUCCUGAGGAGGAAGUGGCAGAAAACGGGUCAUGCUGUUCGAGCCAUCGGCAGACUCUCUUCCAUGGCCAUGAUGGCUGGAGUCAGYGCCAAGAAGGGCUCCCCCACUGAAGAGGACAACCAGUUCCUGGAGUGUUUGGAGUUCGAGCAGAAGACCGAGUGCAAGCCCAGUUUUAGCUCCGUCAUCAAAGACGUGGAGGUGGUGGAGGGCAGCGCCGCCCGCUUCGACUGCAAGAUCGAAGGGUACCCGGACCCGGAGGUGGUUUGGUACAAAGACGAGCAGCCCAUCAAGGAGACCAGACACUUUCAGAUCGACUACGAUGAAGACGGGAACUGCAGCCUGAUCAUUUCUGAGGUUUCAGGUGAUGAUGAUGCCAAAUACACGGUGAAGGCCGUCAACAGUCUGGGAGAGGCCACGUGCACCGCCGAGCUGCUGGUGGAGGUGAUGGCCAGGGAGGAGGAGGAGGAGGAGGAGGAGGAGGAGUAGGAGUCCUGCUGCUCCUCCGCAUGUCACACUUUAACAAAGAAACCUUUAAAAAAACAGACUGUGAUUGGAGGAAGAGGUGGGCGGAGCUUCACACACCUUAAUAAAUAGAGACCACACUGAGCACUGCAGACCUUUGGUUUUACYGUGGUUCAGUUUUUGUCCUGUUAGUCUGAUUUUUAAAAAUGAUUCAGAAAUCCAACAGAAUGUAAACGAUCGCUCUUAAAACGACACGAAAAACACUGAAAACUAGAGAAGAAGAAACAGGUAGUCUUUCUUCUUCUAUGGUUUUAAAUAAAGCAGAACGUCCUCUGUGCCUUAAAGAGAGCUGAGUCCUGCUGCUCUGAUCCAACAAAACCAUCAGAUUCAUGUUGACCGUUGAGCCUUAAAGCAGACCUGAGUUAACAUGUGGGACACUUCAGUCUGGUUUGAGUUUAUCAGAACCCGAGCUUGGUUCAGACAGGUUUGAACCAGAACUCGUGACAGGAAACUGCUCCACAGAUGCAGAACCAGGCAGGAUCUCGUGCAGAUCRGGACAUUUUGAAAUGUGAAAUCUUGUUUGUAAUUCAUGGUGCAUGGUUCACCUGUCAGCAGUUCCAUGUGGGCCACAAACAGCUAAAGUUUCUGACAUUAGAGGUGCGUUUUCCACGGUUGAUUGGCAGAUUUCAUGCACUUUGUGUAUUUUAAAGUUUAUUCCUGGUGUUGUUGUGUUAUCAGAAGAGUUUCCAUCUGUCCACCUUAAAAAAAACACUUGUUUUAUUUUAUUCACUUCCUGCUGAGCUCCGUGUUUCUCACUGUCUGCUAAUGCUAGCAUCACAGCUACGUUGUCCUGUAGCUGAACAGAGCGUAGCCUAGCAUGCUAACGGCCUGAAAUCACUGUUUACUGAAACUUUGUGUUCAAUCUGAGGUCCGUCUCAGAUCUUUACAUGAAAUGAUUAAUGUUUAAUUAGCAGUUUGUUCUGUUUGUAAAUCAUUUAUUUUAGACACAAACUUCAGAUUUAAAUGUGAUUGUUUUCAAGUUUUAUCACAUUCCAGCUGUUUGUUUUUACUGAAAGCUUAAAAACUGAUUCAGUUUGAAAUCAGACACCAAAGAACUUUUAUUUUUAUGAAUAUUAAACUCACAGGUGUGUGUUUGUUGUGUUUGGUACUUGUUGGUUUGCAGAUUGUAUAUUGUUAGAUUUAUUUAAUGCACAGAUUCAUAAUUAUUAUUAAUAUUGGAGCAUCCUGAAGGUCACGACCCCUCUCCACACACACACACACACACACACACACACACACACACACACACACACACACACACACACACGUUAAAGUCUGUUUUUAUUAGAUUUGUGUAGAUGUAUUUCUGAGUUGUAUGAAUAUACAUGAGUUUGAUGAACUGUAGGUAACGACGUGCACAGAUGCCAAAUAAAUUUUUAUCACAAAACAAA